UGUGUGGAUCUUUAAUUAAUUUGGGGCAUUCUCUCUCUGUGUGGUGUUAUUAGGUUUCGUUAGAGUAGAUGGUUUGUUGAAAGAGAUGCAGGGUGGGACGGAUUCUUAACUGGACGUUCAGAUACACUACGAUCCCUCCCGUCCGGUUGUUAUGGAGCAGCCACCUGGGAGCUUAGACGAUCUACAGCCUCAAGACCUCUCCACCUCCAGCAUCGCCACUGUGAUCGACCUGACCAGGAAAAGCGAGGAAUGCGUCCUCAACGCCACGUCCCUCGAUGCCCUGCGGAUGGUCAAGAGCCCCGGCUGGUAUCCAAACUCCGGGACCAGCAACCCCGGGCUACCCUUCUCAGAGACCGGCUCCUCGGACAUCACACUCCAAUCAGCGGAUCAGAUUCAACCAGACAAUGCCUUCUCCCACACUACAGUCACCUUCUCCUACGUGAGCAGGUCUCACGUCUUCCCCACCCACGACUCCCUGUCUCGGCGGCCGCCUCUGUGCAGCGUGCCGCCCAUUACCAAAUUGUCCCUCCACCCUCCUUGUGACUCAGAUGAAGGGCUUGGGGAGAGCGGCUGUGCGCUCAGCCGGCAUUACUUGGAGCGUGUCGACGGGCCUGUGGACCUCGCCACUCAGACUGAACCUUUUCAGUCAUCGUCUCAGGCUCAGGUGGGACCAGAGGGCGGCGGCGGGGCGCAGCCAACACAGGAGCCUCGCGAGAUCAACGGUGGAGUUGUUUCCAGAGAUGGGGACGUGGAUAAGUGUGUACAAGGCCAAGAGGAGCACAGCCUGUCUCUGGAAAACAGCAGGGGUUUGGAGAAUGGUCAGGCGGAUAGCUGGUCCAGUUCAGGAGCGUGUGCCGAAUCCUCACCGGAAACACUCCCCCCUGCCACAGGCGAGGAUGAGGAGAGGGGGGGCUCAGAGGUGCUCUUUCUCAUGUCUAAGAAACCAGACCCAGUGGUUGUCCCAAACAGCCUGGCUGCUAGAGACCUGUCUACACUGAGCAGGGACUACAUCAGUCCUCUGGAGGACCCCGUCUCCCCCUCCGCUACCUCACAGGACGAUGUGGAGGACGUGUUCGUCCUGCCUCAGGCCUCCAGCUCACCCAGCGGCGACAACUCUUAUCUAGAGACAACAGAGGAGGUUGCGUGGGAUGGCUUGAGCACAGAGGGGGCCAUUCAGCCGGGCUCUGGCAUCAGCGAUAGCACCGCGGGGUUAGAUUCGAGUGAUGAAAAUAAGCAGUCUGUCCAUAGACGGAAGGCAGUGUUGGGGCCUUUGAUUGACUUAACAGAUGAUGUUUGUGUGUCAGAUGUUUCGGAAAGCAAACCCAAGGCUGUCAUCCCUCACGUGAACGGGAAUGCAAAGGCACUACAAAGAACUUUAAAAGAAAAGAAACUGCCAAUGCGUUCCGGCAGGGGGACGCGGUUAGAGGCUAUAGUUAUGAACAUAAACUCAAGCAGGUAUAAAGUGUCGGGAUGCAUACGCACCAAUAAGACGGCAAAUGCUUCCCAGUCGACAGCAGCUGAUUCUAAGUUAGCCGGCAGUAAAAGGAGCAACACGGCGUCAGUGGGGAAAAGGUCAAGCAGAGCGAAAGCAUCUUUCUCGGUGAAAGCGAAGCAGAAAGCAGUAAUUCCAGUGAAAAGGGGUAAAACUAAUAGCAUUAACACUGACAGUUGCAAAGACUCUACCUCUGAUUCUGAGAUCCACAAUUCUAAAAAGUCACAUAGCAGCACACCUCCAAAAAGCCCUCAGUUCGCUGUGCACAAAAACUCAAAGAAGGAGCCAGAGCAGCUUUCCCACCCUGAGCCCUCAGUGGAAACUGUGGCAAGAUUUUCCCCUCCUCCUCCUCCUCCUCCUCCACCACCACCACCACCAUCAAAAUCUCCAAAGAAAAGCCAAGGCAAAGCCAAAGGCAAGGCUGCAGGUAGCAAAACACCUUCCACUGCCAAGAGAAAGGGGGCUCGCACUCCCAAGGGUAGGCGAAAGAAACACAAACAGAGCCAGUCUUCCUCCAUGUUCUCCCCCAAGGAGCCGGAGAUCAAGUUGAGGUACGUCAACUACAAGGAGGAGAAAAGGGACUUGAGGUUGGACAGCUUCUCCCCGUUCAUCCGUGUGGAGCGUCAGCAGUCAUCGCCAUCACUGUGUACUGUGGUCAACUACCCCGAGGAGGUGAGGACGCAACACAAGAAGGGCCAGCAGGCUCACCCCAGUGGCUUUAUUUCUGCAGUCGUACCCAGCACCUCCUGUCUGCAGCUGGGCCGGGCGUCCACGCACAGCCAGCACCAGCGCUCUCUGGUCUGCUGCCUGUGUGGGCAGUCUGCCAACGCAAUGGACCUGGGGGACCUCCACGGCCCCUAUUACCCCGAAGGGUACCAGCCGAGCACCAAAACACCAGCCAACACGUCGGGCCUCAGAGAGGACGAAGACGACUACAGCGAUUCGGACUCCUCGUCCUGCAGCAUCAGGGGCAGGGGGAGGAAGCGCGCCAUCCCGCCCACGCCGCGGCCCCUCAGGCCGGGAGCUCAAAUGAAGGAGAAGGGCCUCCUGGAGAGGCAGUGGUGGACCGGCGACGUCACCGGCAGCCCCGCAGCUAAGCGAGCUCGGUCGGACGCCGGCUCCGCCGAUGUGGAGGACUGGUACAGCCCCCCCGUGCUGCCCCUGGAGCCCUGUGAAUACUGGCUCCACGAAGACUGCGGCAUCUGGUCCGCAGGCGUGUUCCUUGUGAAGGGCAAAGUCUACGGACUGGAGGAGGCUGUCAAGGUGGCUCAGGAGACGACGUGCUCGGCGUGCCGUGACCCAGGUGCCACGCUGGGCUGCUUCUUCAAAGGCUGUCCCAACAAGUACCACUACAGGUGUGCUCUGGAGUCAGACUGUGUACUCAUUGAGGAAAAUUUCUCCAUGAAGUGUAAAAAGCACAAGAACAAGACAUUCAAAGCCUCUCCAGGGAACCGAUGGGAUGACAGGUGACAAAGUUGGCAGAGACCUCAUGAGGCAUUCACCUGCAGCGUCCUGCAGGGGCUGUCCUUCCCCCUUCUGCUGGUAACCAUGGCAACUGUGGACCAGGGUUCUUCUGACUGACAGCUAGCACCCGUAAACCUUAACUUCACCCUCUGGUCAUGAAAUGCACUGUUAACCCCCCGACACUGUGACUGGAGGAGCCCGGUCACCGAACCCUCCCUGAGUGCGGUGUGACGGUACUCAUCAGACAGACGCCAGUAACACCUGCAGGCUGGGGGAGCCUAUCAACUAUAAAGUAACAUGCUGAAUUUGUCAUUUGUGUUAUCACUUUGUAGUUAUUUAUAUGGAAUUUUUUUCCUGGAUUUAAUAUGAAUAACAAUCAAAGAUAUUUAAUUUUUUAAAGAUUUUGUAAGUAUUUGAUUAUAUUUGGUUUAUUUAUUCCUGGAGUUUUCGUAUGGGCUUCUUUAGCAGUCGUCAAAGAGGUUUGAUUGUGUGUUUUUAAGUUAUUGCUAAAGCAAUUCGAGGUUGAAAAACCAAGCCAGUAAAAAGAGACGCUGGUUUCGAAGAUGGAGCAGAGAAAGGGCGGGACGGUCGAGGCAUGACACUCGCAGAACAAGGUACCUGAUUGGAUGAGAACACGCGGGGUCAUGUUUUGUUGGACGGAGAGCGGCGCAAAAGGCACGUCUGAAAUACACCCGAACGACACUUGCACUGAAUGUUGGGCCCGCUUGAUGUUAUUGAGGAGAGUGAACAGUGUGUGUUUGAAUGUAUUCCCCCCGUGUGUGGGCUUUUUGCAGGAAGCACUUUGGAGUGGCCCUGACCAGGUGUGGUGCUCUGCUCCAGCUGCAGUAUUACCUUCUCCGGCUGACUGUCCCCCCUCUCCCCGGGUCGUAUCAUUUGCUUCGGGCUCAUUAAUGUGCCUCUUUGAGGUCCAGGGGUCACCCUGUGAAGAGACCCAUCUAACCAUCAGGAUGAGACCAUGUGAUUUUAUUUGACUUAAAGCACUUUGGCCUCCCACUUCAGGCUGGGAGUCAUUAAUUGUGCCCAUGUUAUGUUCGUCUGCAUGGCCCUUAAAUCAGUUGGUAUCUUAAUGGAAAUCAGUGCGAUUUGUUCUGGGAAAGGACUCCCGCCAAUGCAAGUCAUCUGCUGUUUACUCGGACAUCUCCUCUGUCUGCGUCGCAAUCGUUUCUUUCUGCUCGGUUUCGUUUUCAGAACGUCGCAGCACAAUGUUCGCAUUGCUUUGAGUGAACGUCAGCAAACAGUCUUUUGGAAUUAAAGGACCACUUGCUUUCACCGGUGUCGCUGAAGUGAAGAGGGAUGUAUGUUUGCAUAUUUCUACGGUUUACAUCAAUCCUCGUUUCAAUAGGCUAUUUUAUCUCUUCACUCGGGCCUAUAUGGUGAGUUUCCACCAGAACCUUUCUGAAAAAGCCUUAUCUGACAUACAAGAGGUAUAUACAAUUUUCUUUCCUGUUCUCAUUAGCUUGUGGUGCAGCGACAAAUCAGUGGAUGUACAUCACCUUCCUUUGGACAUCCCGAUGACUGAAGGCAGCUUGCAUGCACUUUUCUGCUGCAGACUUUGUUGUUAUUAAUACCAGGGGCACGGUAGGCCAAUUCCUAGUGAACCCUCUGACCACGCAGGUACGCACUGACUCUCUGGGACUUGUGUAAACCAUGUAUUGAGAUUAGCUCCCAGCGUAUUGGUAUCUGUUGAAUCAGGUGACGAGGGGCUUUGGUCUGUCAGCCUGCCUGUUUGUUUGUUUUUUAGAGAAAAGUCUAUAUGUGAUCAGUGUUGGUGUAACGUCUCUAUGUACUUUUGCAUAGCGCCAUUAGGGGCAGCGUUGAGCUGUCUGAGACCGGUGUGUGAGGUCCAUUAAGCCAUGGCUCCACGUUCACGGACGUCCACACAGAGGCGGCCGAAGGCUUCGUCUUCUCAGUGUCUCACCAGCAGCAGCAGCAGCAGGACACACACACUCACACACUGCACCAAAUCUCCUUAUCCUGAAACCCCACCGUUAUUUUAUUUGUGCCAUCCUCGUGUUUUGUGUAUUCUCUAUUUUGUUGCAGUGAAGUUUUUUUUUAAAUGAGCAGGUGCACGCCUGUAAAUUUUCACUGUCAUUUGUUUCAGUUACAGUUGUUUGCAGUGUACCAAAUACAGCUUUUGGAAUUACGUUUUAUUCUUCCAAAACGUUUGGAUUUUUACGAAACAUUUUGUCCAUGUGUUAAUCUCAGGGCUGAAUCUCAGAUAUUCUAAUGAUUUGAGUUUUGUGAUUUUAUUUUUUUGGGCUCAUCGUGUUCCCACAUUGACUGGAGCAAUGAUACAUGUAGCAGGAUGUGGUUAUCUCCUCAGAUGCAAAGCCUUCUCUCCUGGUACACACUACUCAUCACAUUCCAGCACCACCUCCAUGUGUCCGGCAGUGCUGUGGUGUUUUUAGGUUUAACAUGGGAUUAAGACUGCCGACUCAUGCCAUUUUUUUGUUUUUUCUCCACGGGCUUUAUUUUCUGGCAACUUUUUGUAUCGUCUUGGUCGCCUCUCGGAGCAGCAGAGGUCAUGUAAUUGUCAAAAAUAAAUAUU